AUGCCAGCACUGUCACCGACCAUGUCGCAAGGCAAUAUUGCCACCUGGAAGGUGAAGGAGGGCCAGGAAGUGACUGCUGGAGAUGUGCUUGCUGAGGUGGAGACAGACAAAGCCACCAUGGACUGGGAGAACCAGGCAAGCCUUACCCUUGAAGGACAGGAGUACAUUGACGACGGCUUUGUCGCCAAGAUUCUGGUGCCGGAUGGCGAGAAGGACAUCUCAGUGGGCACGCCCCUUAUCGUGCUGGUCGACGAUGAGGAGUCAGUCGGAAAGUUCAAGGACUACAAACCUUCUGGGGCGCCCGCAGCAGCACCCAAAUCAGACGAUACCUCCUUGGAAGAGGAGGCUCCCUCGGCACCAGGUAUCCCACAGCACUUUGAGGUGAACCACCGAAUCGGCCCCGCGGCGGCCAAGCUGCUGCGCGAGAGCGGCCUGCGCGCGGACGCCAUCCAGCCUACUGGGCCGCACAACAUGGUCACCAAGGGCGAUGUCCUGGCCGCCAUCGAGUCCGGCCUCAAACCGUCCCCCAAACCCCAGCAGGAGCAGCAGCCGGCAGAGCCUGCGCCGGCGCCGGGGAGGCCGCGGAGGCGGGGGCAGGGCGAGAGCUACACGGACAUGCCGAACUCGCAGAUCCGCAAGAUCAUUGCCAAGCGGCUGCUGGAGUCCAAGCUAACCGUGCCCCACUACUACCUGCGCGGCCACGCCGACCUCGCCACCGUCACUUCGCUGCGCCAGACGCUCAAAGACCAAGGCGCCAAGGUGUCGGUGAACGACUUCAUCGUGAGGGCGGUGGCGCUGGCGUUGGUGGAUGUGCCGCGCGCGAAUUCGCAGUGGGACAGCAGCCAGGGGGAGAUUGUGCCCUGCCCCAGCGUGGACAUCUCCAUCGCCGUGGCCACCGACAAGGGCCUCAUCACGCCCAUCGUCAAAGACGCCGACAAAAAGUCCCUCACCCAGAUCUCUGCAGAGGUCCGGGAGUUGGCUGGCAAGGCGCGAGCGAACAAGCUGCAGCCGCACGAGUUCACGGGCGGGUCCUUCACCAUCUCCAACCUGGGCAUGUUCAAUGUGGACCGCUUCUGUGCCAUCAUCAAUCCUCCUCAGGCGGGCAUUCUUGCUAUUGGAGGCACUCAACAUUCUGUGAGCCUAGAACAAGGGCAGCCUGUGGGCAAGGCUGGCAUGACGGUCACAUUGAGUGCGGACGAGAGGGUGAUUGACGGGGAUGUUGCCGCGGACUUCCUUGCUGCGUUUGCCAAGGCGAUGUCCAACCCCGUCAGAUUACUUAGUGUGUGAGGAUUUGUGCGAGGGAGAGGGGUUUAACAGUGCUGAAGGACGCUAGUUGAUGACCGGCUGGUUGCCCAUGCAGUGACUUAGAUGGUCUUAUUGUAAUGCUGUUGGAAGAUGAGCAGGACAUCUGCAUUAUGGACUGACGUGCCUUACAUUAUCUGGGCAGUUUUUUAGACCUAAUGCAUACUGCAACUCAAAUGUAUGAGAGAGUUGGUUGUAUACAGUAGUGCAGUUU